AUGCUCGCUUCCAAUAUCCAUAUCACGCCUCCCGUUCAGUCGUCUUUGCCUGGCCCCGACACAUCCAACUACUCCCCCGACGAAGUUCCCUCCUGCGGAGGUCAUGGAACCCUGGAAAUUUUAUCGGUGACUCGAUUUCUCGAGGAGCAUGGGAUCGAGUGUUGCAUCGUGGGUGUCUCGGCAUUGAUCUAUUAUGGGGCGGGGCGAGUGCGAGAUGAGUGGGACCUAUGCGUUCCCGACAAUAAAAUGUCCGAAGCGGUAGCGCUUCUUUCCUCAGAACUGAUGUCCGACCAGAUUCAUCCCGUACCUCCUCACUCAACCUCUCAUCCUUUCUCUCUGAGUCACACCUAUCAUCGGUUCAAGGGCCAUGGCAUCCAUUUCUACUUUGUGCUGAUGCCCGCUCACGAUGCACACAUCCCGUCGGGCCCGUUUCAUAUUGAACGCAGCUCCAAUGGUCUCCCGUACCCCACACUACCGGUCCUCAUGCAGAGCUUCCUGGAUACCAACGAUGAUGUAUCCUUGUGUGACUGUAUCGACGGGACCAAUGUCUCGGAAGAGUGGGGAUAUCGGCAUCUGGACCUGGACGGGACAAACGAUCUGGAAUGGACGACACGAAUGAAUCAGGUUGCCAAGCAGGCGGCUCAUGGAAAAGGUUGGCUCUUUGUUCAUUACUUCCCCACACAGACCAUCAACAAGCGCGACAAGUGGGUGUCGAGGAUACGCAGUAAAAAGGGCAGACUCGGCUGGACGACACCAGACAGUCUCUUUGAAACCCGCUUUCGCCUAAGGGGCUCCCCCGACCCGUGGACGCAGAAACGCAUGUCAUGUUAA